AUGCAGGCGCAAGACUGGGAGGACGACUACGACCUUCCGGUGCAAAAAGAUCUCGGUGACGGAUGGGAUGGGUACGGCGAGCUCGAGGAGUUCGACACCUUGGCGUCGGAGCCACCAGCGCAGGAGGCUCCGGCAGAGGCAGCCACUACGGCGCCAGCCAAGUUAGAGGAGGCCAAAGAAGGAGAGACGCCGGCGGCCCCCAAAGAGGAGCCCAGGAAGCAGCCUAAGCACAUCUUCAUCGCGAGCCAGCCUGGAGUGGGCAAGACGACUCUAGUGCACAAGUUGCUGGAGAAGCUGCGCGAGGAAGAUGGAGAGGGUGGUGUGGAUGUGCGAGGCUUCUACACCGAAGAGGUCAGAGAUCCAGCGAACCCCAAGCAGCGACUGGGCUUCGAUGUCGUGCGUGUAGGCUGCCUAGAGCCUGACGAGCAGACGCGGAGUGUCCUUGCCAGGGAGGGGAAGGCACCACCAACGGUGGGCAAGUACAGCGUUGACGUCGCUGCUUUCGAGGCGUUUGCACUUCCUGCGCUGGAGCCUCCAAAGGAGGAAGAAUUCCAGCUUCCAGAGAAUCCGCGGCUCUUCAAGUUGUCCGAUGGCACGGAGAAGGCCGUUAGCCUUCUCUACGAGCCAACCGACGAGGAGGAAGGUGCCAACAGCCGCAUACGUCUCGAAUUUGGCGAGGUUCUGAAUGUGCCACCUUCCUCGCUUCGUGAGGUCCCAGAAGGGUGGAAGCCUGAAGAUGAGGAGGAAGAGGAGGAACCUGUUCCUCGUCUCUGCGUCGUGGACGAGGUGGGCAAGAUGGGCCUACUGUCCGUUCAAUUCCCCAAGACGCUGGCUCGGGUGUUGGAGGAAGACACCGUGCUUGCGACCGGGGUGCAGAUGGCAAAGGGUCAGCGUGACCCUGAACCUGUCGAAGAGAUCAAAAAGAGCCCUGGCGCGCGUGUUGUGAAGCUGACGCGUGGAAAUCGGGAUGCUGUUGUGGAGCAGACCUACGCAUUCCUGCGCGAAAGUCUUGGACUGGGCCCACCGGGCACCGGAAAGCCCAAGCCCCGAAAAGGCGACAAGAAGAAGCGGAAGGAGGAGGAGCGAAGAGCCAAAGAGCAAGCUGAGCGCGAAGCCCGUGAGCGCGAGGAGAAGGAACGGGAGGAGGCUGCUGAAAAGGAGAAGGCAGCCAGGAAAGAGAGACAACUCGCCAAAGAAAAAGCCCGAGCUGAGCGCCUAGCGAAGGAGAAGGCAGAGAGAGAAGUCGAGGCAGCCAAGGCGCGAGCCGAGCGAAAGAAGCGUGCCGAAGCGAGGCAGAAGGCUGUCGAGGAUGCCAAGAAUGGUCUCGUGCCUUGUGUGGAACAUGAUGAUGAAGAGGACGUGGAGGCUGUGGCUCCGUCCUUGGAUUUGGUGGAGGACAUCGACAUUGUGGAGGAGAAGGCUGCUCCUCCCCGGAAACGGCGGAAAGGGCAGCCGUCGCCCGUGUCUUCCGCGGGCAGCUCCCCGCCGGAGCUUCCGGCUUCACCCGAGGGGUCGCCAUCUCCCACUGAGCCUGUCGAUGGCUUAAAAGUUGGGCAGGCACGGGACAGCUGGCAGAACAUGCUGAACAAGUGCCAGAGCUGCUAG